AUGUCGUCCUCGUCCGCCUCGAACCGCCUCGCCGCCGUCUCGGGCCAGCUCUCGGCCUCCAACCCCAAGGGCCUCCUCGCAGGCGACGUCGCCAUCAUCACCGGCGCCGCCCAAGGCAUCGGUCGCUCGUGUGCGCUCCUGUUCGCGACCGAGGGCGCAAAGGUCGUCGUGUCGGACCUCGACGAGGCAAAGGCCCAGAAGGUCGUCGACGAGAUCAAGCACAACGGCGGCCAGGCCAUCGCAGUCGGCGGCGACGUGACGGCCGACGGCUUUGCCAAGAAGGUGGUCGACGCGGCUGUCAACGCGUUCGGCUCGGUCGAGCACAUUGUCGCCAACGCCGGCUUCACGUCCGACAAGAUGCUCCACACCAUGUCGGACGACACGUACGAGCUCAUGCUCAAGGUGCACAACGUUGCGCCGUUCCGCCUCAUCAAGGAGGCCGCGCCCUUCAUGCGCUCAAAGACGCCCGAGCGCGUCGCGCGCAACAAGUCGAUCGUCACCGUCUCGUCGGUCGCCGGCAUCCACGGCAACGUCGGCCAGGCCAACUACGCGACGGCGAAAGCGGGCGUCACGGGCCUCACCAAGACGAUCGCAAAGGAGUGGGGCCCGUUCGGCGUCCGGUGCAACACGGUCGCGUUUGGUCACAUCCUCACGCGCCUCACCCAGGCCAAGGAGCUCGGCGAGACGAUCGAGGUCAACGGCAAGAAGAUCGCUCUUGGCAUUCCCUCUGGCCCCAAGAAGCAGGACAACAAGCCCGAGACGUACCCGCACAUCCCGCUCAACCGCCCCGGCACGGCCGACGAUGCCGCCAAGGCCGUCCUCUUCCUGUGCUCGCCCCUCGCGAGCUACGUCUCGGGCGUCACGCUCGAGUGCACGGGCGGCAUGGGCAUCUAG